AUGGGUAAGGGAGUUCUUAAGUACGGCGGCAAGUCAGGUAUCUUGCCUAAGGUCCGUCCUGUGUUCAAACGCAAUCCCAUUCGUGCCAAAACUGCCUACGAAAUCGAGAAGGAAGCUCACUUAGAACAUGGUUUUGCUGAAGGUGUACCAUUGCCCAAGAAGACAGGUUUUGAGUUCCACCGUAUCCAGCCAGAAAAGAAGGUAAUAAGUGUUGAGGAGAGAAUUAAGCUCAACAUCGAAAGCAAGGCUCCUCAAAAUGUAGACGAGCUGAAGUUGACUCAGGAUCAGAUAUGGAAAUUGAAAAGAGAUGAAAUUCGCCGUGACUAUUUGAAACAGGCUUAUUUGACAGAAGCUUCCAGAUUAAAGAAGAUUGACGAAAUUGUUGCUCAGCAAGAAGAAAAGAAAAAGCACCAAACCGAGCUUGACGAUUACGAAGAAUCUGAUGCCGUCAAGUUGACUUUGCCUACUGUAGAUUCUUACUUGAAGGGACCUAUAAUGAGAAACAGAACUAAGGAAGAACAGCAGCUUGUAGAACAGCAGAGGUUGUUGAACAGAAGAGUGAGAGAAUUGGAAGUUGAAGAAAAGAGAGCGGACGAUCUCUUGGACUUGUACCAUGCUGCUGCCAACUUCAUCACUACCGAAGAAGAGUUGGAGGCUGCUAUCACGGAAGCAUUCGAGGUCAACUUCUCCAAAUUUGACUCCAGCCAGAAUAUAAUAGAACAGAGACUUGCCAGUGCGGGUCCAGGUUAUGCCACUGUCGAUUAUAACGAGAGGCUUAUUACCGAUCAUGUAUUGGGAGAAGUCAACGGCAAGCCUGGCUUGGCCACUGUCAAGGAUACAUUAAGUGGAGAAAAGGAGAGAUUGAGUCGGGAUGCACAAGUAGCCAUUAACCAGGAGAGAACUGAUGCUUCCAGCUAGACAUAUAUAGCAUGUCAUUUCCACUGUACAUAGAAUCGGAGACGAUAAUUUACAUUACAUAUUUG